ACUGUGCGGGCUCUGAGGGUACAACAAUCAUGAAGGCUUUGCUUGUUGCCCUGCUGGUGGCAGUCCUGUGUGCCGAGCAAGCUUCCUCCUUGUUUUGCUACACAUGCGAAAAUGAGCACUCCAACUGGAACUGUCUUAAAACCUACAAGUGUGAAGACCAUGAGAAAUACUGUACAACCACAUACAGUGCUGCUGGGUUUGGCAAAGACAUGGGAUAUCGCAUAACCAAGAAAUGUUCUGCAGACUGUCCUGAGACCAACACAGACUUUGGUGUGGUGGCCAUUUCCACCAAGUGCUGCAAGACCUCCCUGUGCAAUUUCAGUGGUGCCAACAGUGUGAAAUUGAGCUAUGCCGUGAUGUUCCUGGGAACGGUAGCCAGUUUGAUCUGUGUCAUUAGGGCAGGAUUGUGAUGAGGGUUGGGGGUGUGAGAAGACGUGACAACCCAAGGGCCUACAUAUGGUCUUGCCAAACAGAUGAAACAACAUCUUUUGUCAAGUGUCUCCAUCAAGGUCUAUGCUAUUCUGCUUUUUUUCCAACACUUUUUUUUCAGAUCUGACCCACAAAAUGGCAUGGCAGUAUAGCUCCUAUUUUUUUUUUUUCCCUUAUUGUUUUGUACUAAUUUUCCCCGAGAAAGCUAUUUUGAUUGCACAUAUGUGACAAUUGUCAGACAAAAUAAAGGUCUAUGUUAUUCUA